AUGGCUCAGACAAAGACUAUCCGGCGACGUUCAGGGCCUGCUACCCCGAAAAGAGGGCAAGCCCAACGAGUGGGAAUAUCGCCUAAACAGGUAUCUGGCAAGCGACUUCGCGCGCAACCUGGCGAUCCCGUACCCGUGCGAAGGCCCCGAAGAUAUCGACCUGGAACACUCGCGCUCCGAGAAAUCCGAAGAUACCAGCAAUCGACCGACCUCUUGAUCCUCAAACUCCCGUUCGCCCGCCUCGUGCGUGAAAUCGCCCUGUCCAUCCUUCCAUACCACGCGGCGCAAGACCUCCGGUGGCAGAGCCAGGCGAUCCAGGCGCUCCAGGAAGCGAGCGAAGCAUUUCUCGUGCAUCUCUUCGAAGACACAAACCUGUGCGCGAUACAUGCGAAGCGGGUUACCAUCAUGCAGAAGGAUUUGCAGUUAGCGAGGAGGAUUCGAGGCGCCUGGGGUGGUUUGGGUUAA